UGUAACAAGGCAAGGUUUUAGGUUACAGUCUUGCACACUCUUGCUUUUUAUCUUAUCUUACAAAAAGCCCCAGAAAUAGAAAGUUUUUUUUCUCCUAGAGCUGGUACAGAGAAAACAGACGGAUGGGAUUUUUGGCUGCAAAAUCUGUCUGUAAGCCAGAGAAGCCCAGAAGCUGUUUUCCAACUCCUUUUCAUUUGUGUAUGUCAGGAAAGAAAAACCUUGAGCAAAUACUGAUCUUCCAAAGGGUGAUCAUCAUUAGUAUUUAGUGAUUUUUUUUAGGGGCUUUACUAGACUAAGCUUUUUUGUAAGUGUGCAUAUGGACCUCGUAGUAUAUCCAAAGACGCUUUUUCUUGGAGAUAAAAAUGAUGUAGGGGAGUAUUAUUGGCUCCCUCAUGGCUUCCUCUGGGAUCUAACCUCUGUGUGUGUGGGGUAGGAAUACGGAAUGGCGCAGAGACGGACGGAGACAACAGCAGCAUGCUUUGGGGUGGUCACAAAAAAAAUCCGCAACCUUUUCCGACACUUCCCAAAGUCUAAGUCCUGGUCUGAAGGACUGCAGCUCUUCCCUGCACCCAGCCAGGAGCGACUGAUUGUGAGAGAUUAUACAUUCUCACAUCAAUGGGAACUGGACAGAAGUGAUGAAAUUGAGCAACAUUCAGAGAGAGCAACCCAUGAACACAAACCAAGGCAGCACCCAAAACAGGAUGCUCCAAAGGAAGAAUCAAAACCCACCGUUCAAGAUCUAAAGCAGAAAAUAGAGGCCUUCAACAAAAUGGUUCAAAAUGGCUUGAUUAUGAAACUGGCAGAUGAUGAAACAUUCACAGGAUUUAUUAAAGUGCAUCUGAAACUCCGACGUGCCAACAAACCAAAUAUACAAACUCCAUCAGACACUUUAAAAGAGCUGACCCAAAACAAGCCAGCAAACAAGCAGACACCUUUCUACGUACCUUUGGAUGCUAUGAAACAGUUGCACAUCAGCAGUGUGACAACAACCAGUGAAGUCAUAAGAGGGCUGCUGUUAAAAUUCCAGGUGGCGGAUGAUCCCCAGAAAUUUGCACUCUUCAAGCACAUGCACAGAGAUGGACAAGUUUUGAUUCAGAAGCUGGCACUCACAGAGCAUCCUUUAUAUCUGCGCCUUUUGGCUGGACCAGAAACUGAUGUACUAAGUUUUGUACUGAAGGAAAAUGAUACAGGAGAGGUGCAGUGGGAUGCCUUUACAGUUCCAGAGCUGCAAAAUUUCCUUUUGAUUCUUGAGAAGGAAGAACGUGACAAAGUACAGCAAGUGCACAAGAAAUAUGCUGCUUUCCGCCAGCACCUGCAGGAUGCCCUGGCUGAAGCCAAGAGGAAAAAUGUAUAAAACCAAAGGCCUUAGGGAAACUCAAAAGGCCAGGAUAUUGGAACCUGAUAUGUGCAGCAUACAAUUCACUGGCCGGGAUUCAUAUGUUGGCCCUACAAUGAUUGCUGCAUCCUUCUGCCUCUGCUAAAGUAUCAACACAGGUCUAAAAUCCAACCACUUGAUUAAAGUGAGGAAUAACCUGCACUUUUAGGUCCUGUUACAAGGAUGCCUGCCUAUGGACCACACAGUGAGGCUCUAAUUGCUCAGGGACAUAGUUUUAUGAAGUAUUUUUCUGCCCUUGAAAGGCUGAGCCAAAAAUUUAGUCUCAUCCUUGCAAUAAGGCACUUACAAGAGGCUUGUCAGGAAAACAAGAUGCAAAGCCAUACAUAUACAUAUUUUCAUGGAUGAGCAAAGUAUUUCUGCCUUUGGCUCUUUUUCUCUUUAAAUCAGUGAUGAUAUUUAUUUAUUUAUUACACAAGAUGAGGUUAUUGUCUUGCACUGAAGAGAAUCGGGAACCUACUUCACAGCUUGUGCUGGAGACUUACAGUAAUUGCUAUUAAGUAAAGUGUGAUAAAACCCUGUGAUUUGCUGAUAUCAAGGUAACCGUUGGUAGCAACGGACCAAAACAGAAUGUUAAAAUAAUACAGAAUGUGAACUAAGGAGACGAUUGGCUAUAUUUUUGAAGGCAGUAAUCACAGAACUGAGGAUUUCAAAUGUUUAUGAAUACAUAUUUUAAUUCUGCAUACUAUGUAUAUUUUAUGCUUGUCUGCACUGCAUUGCCUCAAGGGACGUUUAAAUGAUUUCCAAACUGCAACCUGCUGUCUAAAAAUGUUGUCUUUAUCACAGAUUUGUAAAGAAGAUUAUUUAAGGGAGUAAUAAACAAGUUUAAAGUCUGCCAGUCAGCCUACUUUUAUUGCAAUAUUGCUUUAAAGGACUCUCUAUUACAUAUUUACAUGUUUUCCUUGAAGCAAAACUUCUGAUUUUUAUUGCAUUUUGGUCAUUAAAGUGCUUUUAUUUCAGGUCUAAAUGCUGAGGUUUGGGUGAAUCUUGAUUUUAAAUCUGCAUUUUUUGCAUGCCUACUCACAUGUCUAUUAAGUUUAGAAGUUUGCCCUAUCAUACACAAUGCAUAUAAUCAUUGUGAAAUCAAGAGCAUCAAUUUUCUUUUUGAGUUGCUUGAUAUAAGUGCAAGUUUGUAAAAGGAGUAAUGAUAGCAAAAUGAUUCCAAGUCAAUAAAAUAGGAUGCCAGGAAAGGGCUCAGGUAUACUGAGCUUUAUUUCUGUAAUCUAAAAAUAUGGGGCCUGAGGCAUCGUUACCACAUUGAUAUUACUGAUAGAUUAAUACAGACAAAAUCAUAAAAGAAAUUCAUUUUUACUUUAAUCUUGACGUUUUGACCUACAACCCCCAGGAACCUCAAGCAAUAGUUAUAAAAGGAAUAUUAUAUAAUUUUUUUUAUAAAUAAAAAUAAUUACACAUAUUACUGUGUACACCUUUUUUGAUUUGUGAGGAAGCUCAUUACCAGUUGUUUCAGUCUAAAACCCAUGACUGAUUCCUGUUUUUUCUCUUCUGAGAUGUCCAAGUGUAAUGCCACUAAAGCUGACCACACUGUACAUUUCUUCUGCCAUAUUGGAAAUGCAUGAGCUAGCCUGCCACCAGCUUUGUGCACCAGUAACACACCCCUGUAAAGUCUACAAGUUUGGUGACUACAACACAGGGAUAUUACAUACUUACUUGCACAGAGUCCAUGCAGAGCCCGUUUUAACUCAUGACUACAAAACUAUGAAACUAUUGUCAUCACAGACACUCUCCUAUAGUUGCAGCAAUAUCUAAAAUAGUAAGUAAGCAUUCGCCAUCAGAUUUUACUCUAUUUGGCUAUAAUGCUGAACACCAACCGCCAUGCCCACAGUGCUUAACAGGCAUAAAACCCAGAUUACUCAUAGUAACUCAACUCAACCAGUUAAGUUGUGUAGGCAGCUAUACCUUACAACAGUUUAAAUUUCCUUGGAGCCCGUCAAUCUUGUGUCUUCUAAAGUACAGGUUUCCACAGCAAGCUAUAUAAAACCAAUACACCAGCAAAGAUUAAGUUCUUCUUAGUCUGGGAACUAGUAUAGCCAUAACAAUAUUGAAUUCUAAUAUAAGCCAUUUUGUGAUUUAGUUUUAUCUAUCUUUGUUAAGCCAAUACCAGUUUUCGAUCUCUUGUGCUUGCUUAACAUGCUUUAAUAAAAUAUUCUAAUUAUUUUUAUUAUUAUAAGACACUGCUAGCCACAGCUCUGUGCAUUAUUCUGAUGGUUUUUCAAAUGAUAAUGCAUGAUGUACUUUCUAUGCAUAUCUGCUGAAAAUGCUUUUACUAGUUAGCAAAAAUAUAAAGGGAAUAGGCCUAAACGGUCCUGGAUACAGAAUCUCCCAGAAAUGUCCUCGAGGUCAAGUAAACUAAAAGUCUUAGACUAAUGGUAAGCAACCGUUUUCAGCUGCCUUUCACACCUCAUAUGUGUGUGUUUACUGAAAAGCAUGAGUUUAACCUGUUAGCAAAGAGAAUGUAUUUUGGCUUGGGAACACCAAAAUAUAAAUUUUUGUGCUGAAAUCUGCUCUGUGCUUAACCGAACAGGCUGAUCCAGUCCCUGUCAGAGUGCACACAUACGAGGUAAGGAAGGCAGUACUGCGGUUACAAAUACUGUACACCAGCGGAUAAAACAACCAAUGUGCCACUGGCCUUACUGUUAUAAAAGUCGUUUUAUUAUUUUAUGUUUGGUCCCACAAAGCAUUCUGAUGACCACUGCUGAGGCCUGAUAUAGCUGUAAGCUGCUUCCUGGUGUUUGGUUAGCAAUUACAACAUUACUGUCUGUAAUUGUCAGUCUAUUAACAUAAAGCUAAACAUGUUACUUUACCCAACAGGAAUCUAAUACAAAGUGCUCCAGCUACCAUGAAUUUCUACUUCUAGUUUUUGCCCCACAACAAAGCAUGAAAGGAGUUGCAAUUCAUUCAGUUUCAAAGCUUCCACGUUUGAAAAACCAAAAACUAUUCUUACAGUGUACUGUACCUUACACAAGUUUUGAUACCAUGAGAGAAGAGAAACUACAUGGCAGUAAAUCUAAUUAUAAUAUAUACAUUAAUAUAUUAAAUCGAUAAAUAUAUUUUAUAAAUAUAUAUAUUAAUAAAUAUAACUGUACUUAUUGUAUGAGCAUAUUUUGCUAUAGCUUGAAGAAAAUAAAUCAAUUUUUCAUCAGCCACACUAAAAAUUCAGGGAUGAAAUUUAACAGGGUAACAAAUAAAUGAAAUUCUUUAUUGCAUGAGCAAUGUGUAUCCUAGCUUUAAUCCUGCUUUGAGGAGGAUUACUCCUUGUACAGUAUUAAGAGGCCUUUUGCAGUAAACCUGCACCAUUCUCCAAUAUCCAGAUAAUAACCGCUCUGCUGUGGGCAGUCCCUUCCUUCUGUCCCUGCUCCCCUUUGCUGUUCUGGAGUAUAAACUUGUUGUGCAAGAGUGAAUAUGUCUUUUUCAAAUGGAAAUGAAAUGCAUCCAAUGAGCUGCUUCUUUUUUAUUUAUUUUUACAGACUGCUUUGAAGUGGGUGUAAGUGCAUAUGUAAAGACUGUAACUUUAACUGUAUUAUUAAAUAUACAUAAAACAA